AUGGGCGUCCGUGAAGAUAAGUGGAAAUGGGUUGGGAAGGUUUUGGGACCGACAGACUGGUUCUCCCUGUUCCUCGAACAAUACUCAAAGAUUGUCAUUGCAGGUGAUUAUAACUUACAUCACAAGGAAUGGGAAUCAAGGGCAGGUCCGAAUACGGAAGCAGAUGAAGUUGUUGAGUGGCUACAUGAAAAUGAUAUGAUGUUAAUUACUCCAAGAAAUCAAAAAACAUACAACAAUAGAACCAAUAUUGAUUUGGUUUAUGGCUCAGUGGACUUACUUCAUAGAAUUUCAUUUAGUGGAGUGGAUGAAAAUACACUAAGUGAUCACUCAAUUGUGGAGUGGGACAUCUCUAUGUCUCAGAGUAAAAACGGGGAUGAAGUUUUUACUUCGGUGAAGAGAUUGAAUAUUAAGAAUGCAGAUUGGGAAAAGUUUGACAAGGAGCUUUCUUCUGCCAUUAAAGAUUUUAAUGUGCAUAACAAAACUCUAAAAUCAACUGACCAAAUUGAUGACCAAGCUAAAGUUCUUGAGGAGGUUGUAAAAAGAGCAAUGGCAAAGUCGAUGAAGGAAGUUAAGGUGAUGAAAAAGUCCAAACGCUAUUGGAAUCAAGAAUUAAGGGAGAAAAAAGAAGAUGGAACUCUAACUACUACUGUUGACGAAAAAAGACAUGAAAUAUGGAAGGCACUUCUACCUGAAAUUGAUCAUGGUCUUGAUAGAGAGUUUGAAAUUGAUGACGAUUCUCGAUGGCCAAAAUUAGAGUUUGAUGAAGUUGACUCUGCAUUGGCUGAUACCCCAAAUGAUAAAGCUCCAGGAGACGAUGGAAUUACUGGCAAAGUUUUAAAGAUGGCAUGGCUAAAUAAAGACUUUAAGGAAAGGUUUUUCAAGCUUCUCCAAGCUUGUGUGAAGUUUGGAUACCACCCAAAAGUCUGGAGACAUGGCAUUAUUGUUGUUAUACCUAAACCUAAGAAACCUGACUAUUCAAAGCCAAGAGCAUACCGACCAAUUUCCUUACUUAAGAUUCCAUCUAAAAAAUAUAUUGGCAGACACAAUGGAGGAUAUGAAACUACCCAAAGCACUUAUAAACUGGACGUACCAAUUUAUGAGAAAGUGCAACUUACUUUACCUAAUGGAGAACUUCGUGAACCCCAGAAGGAAGUUAAAUUGCUUGGAAUUACUUUGAACAAUCUGCUUGAUUUUAAAUCUCAUAUUUUGAAUAAAAUCAAUAAAGCAAGAAAAGCUGUUGGUGCUAUUUGGCAUCUUGGUGGCGUGCAAAAGAAUAUGGCUUUAAGAAGAAUUGUUGGUGCUUAUCGCACAACUCCUAUUGCGGUACUACAAAAGGAAGCUGGUAUUAUGCCAUAUAGUAUUAGGCUAAAAUUUAUGGUGGCACGAAAAGCUAUUCGUUUACACCUAAAUAUUAGCAAAACUAAUCCUAUUAAUGGUCAUUUGUUAACAUUGAUUGAGAAAUCUCCAAUUGCAAAGCUAACCACGCUUUACAUGUUGGCGAAAAGAUGA